AUGUUCCGCUCUGUUUUGCACCUUGCACGCCCCAAGAGACAGGUUCCCAGGCCGGAGAGUUCUGGACUGCCAGAUCUUGCACAGUGGGCUUUGACGGUGGGUCUUGGCACCCUGCUGCCGGGCUUUGCACUUUUCAAGCUCUUCACUGCAACUGGCGCAGUCGAGGCAGAGAGAGGUGCACAAGAGGAGCUCGCUCGGCAUCAACGGCUGGGCCGGACCGCCCAGCAGGUGUGA